AUGAAACCUACUAAAACCAAAUCUAAAAAAAAAAAAAAAACUCGGCAACAACUUGUUACAAAUUCCCAGACGCAGGCUCCUUUUUCACCUAUCGCUCAGGAUUUGCUUACUUCAUCUGUGAAAGUCACCCAAGCUACAUCAGUUUCACAAAAGAGUGGAUCCAAGACGAGGGAUACGAACUCGCAAAUUGAAAGAACUCGCGAAAAAUCUUAUGAACUGGUAUCUUUUGCCGAUAACGAAAAUCCGCCUAAUAAGAAAAAUGCCACUGAGCCUAAUUAUAAAUACUUGCAUGAAUUAAAAGAUAUUGUCAUAGUCAAACCAUCUAAAAACGAAAAAGCUAAAGAUAUCGCCCAAACACCCUUACGGGUGAUUGUGGCAGACAUGAUUAUAGAUCUUCCACCCAGCGCGUUGGAAAAUAUUGUAUCGGGUGUUAAAAAUUUUCUUAACGGCGUUUGUAUGCACGAGCUAGAACAAUUUGAAGGGCUUGUUCUAUCUUAUAAUAACAUCGAAUUCUGUGAUCACUCCGGUAUUAUAUUCGAAGAUUCACCAUAUGCUCACUUUUUCAUCCGUGCAGAAUUUCUGGUAUAUAAUGCAUCAGUAGGGUACAAAUUAUGUAAGCGUUAUAGACAUUCUAUCAAAUUCAAUAAUAUUCAUUUAUUAACUGAUCCAUUUAUUUCAGUUGGAAAAGUUGCAAACCAAUCGCUUUCACAUAUACAUCUUUGCCUUUACGAUCAAUUCUAUGUCAAAGUCCCUCGCCAUCUUAUCCCCCUUGAUGUAUUCUUGUGGAAGGAUAAUGAUGAGUUUUAUGAUGCAAUGUUUCUUGAUCAACAACUCAACCUAGAUAGAAUGUACGCUGAGGGUCAAUGGGUCUUCUCCGACACUGGGGCAAUUAUCAGAGAAGAUUCUUGGCUUGAAUUUGAAGUGAUGGGGACUGACACGAAUAAUGGACAAUUGUAUCUUAUUGGUUCACUCCUUCACUAUAGUAAGAAUAAUUAUGAUCAAGAAGAGGCUUCUUUGAAGGUAAAGGAAAAAGAAAAGGCUACCACUGAGGAAGAUAAUCAAAAUAUACUUACAGAUAAGUCUCAAGGUUAUCUAAUAUGA